GUCCUCUUCCUUCCUUCUCCAUCUAUUUAAUUUCUCAUUCCCCUCUGCAUCCCGUGUCCAACAUAUCACAGCUUUCAAACUCAUCCGCCAUGGCUAACACUCUUCUUCGCUCCACUGUUUUUUUCUUCUUUAGCUUUCUACUGGCCACUGACAUAGUCUAUUCACAAUCGUUCAUCGGAAUAAACUACGGUCAAGUCGCUGAUAACCUUCCGCCGCCGUCUGCGACGGCGAAGCUACUUCAAUCCACUUCAAUCGAGAAGGUUCGACUCUACGGCGCUGAUCCGGCCAUCAUCAAAGCCCUAGCAAACACAGGGAUCGGAAUUGUAAUCGGCGCUGCGAACGGUGACAUUCCAGCCCUAGCGUCCGACCCGAAUUUCGCUAAAAAUUGGGUUAACGCUAAUGUAGCCCCCUUCUAUCCGGCGAGUAAAAUCAUUCUCAUCACGGUCGGCAACGAGGUGAUAACCUCCAACGAUGAAAAUCUAAUGAACCAACUGGUGCCGGCGAUUCAGAAUCUUCAGAACGCGCUGAAUUCGAUGUCUCUAGGGAAGGAUAUUAAGGUUUCCACUGUCCAUUCCAUGGCGGUGCUUCGCCAAUCGGAGCCGCCGUCGUCGGGGAUGUUCCACCCGAAUUAUAUGAGUGUGUUGAAGGGGCUAUUGGAGUUCAACAAUGCCACUGGAUCACCAUUUACGAUUAACCCAUACCCAUACUUCGCCUACCGGAGCGAUCCGCGGCCGGAGACUUUGGCCUUCUGUCUUUUUCAGCCAAACGCCGGCCGGCUCGACACGAACACGAAUAUCAAGUACAUGAAUAUGUUCGAUGCUCAGGUGGACGCCAUAAGAUCUGCAUUGAACUCCAUGGGGUUCAAGAACGUAGAGAUUGUGGUGGCGGAGACUGGGUGGCCGUACAAAGGAGAUGGCGACGAGGUUGGUCCGAGUCUUGAGAAUGCUAAGGCAUUCAAUGGUAAUCUGAUUGCGCACCUUCGUUCCAUGGUCGGAACGCCAUUGAUGCCAGGAAAAUCUGUUGAUACGUAUCUCUUUGCACUUUACGACGAAGAUUUAAAGCCUGGGCCUGGCUCUGAAAGAGCUUUCGGAUUGUUCAAGCCUGAUCUUACAAUGACCUAUAACGUUGGUCUUUCCAAAGAUGGCCAGAGCACUCCAGCUGGUUCUAAAACACCAGUGACUACUCCAUCGUCUCCAGCAACUAAUCCAUCAACCAAAGCACCAACGACUCCAAAGCCAAAGGCAGGAGGAGGCUCAUGGUGCGUGCCGAAAGGCGGCGUAUCAGACGCCCAGCUUCAAGCAAAUUUGGACUACGCCUGUGGAAGAGGGCUCGAUUGCAGCGCGAUUCAACCCGGUGGAGCGUGUUUCGAGCCAAACACCAUAGCCUCACACGCCGCCUACGCCAUGAACCUCUUCUUCCAAAACGCCGACCGGGAUCCAUGGACCUGUGACUUCUCUCAAACCGCCACACUUUCCUCUAACAACCCAAGCUACAAUAGCUGCAAUUACCCUGGUGGGAGCACAUGAUGAGAUGAGAAUGCAGUUUAAUGUAAAUUUCUGGAAAUAGAGGCUUGCAAUCUUCAGCAGGUGAAUGAGGAUGAAGAGAUCCAUAUUCCAAUUUCUCAACUCCAUAAAUAUGUAUAUUUUCUGGUGGUUUUGAAACUUUUUUUCCUUUAUAUAUAUAUAUCUUAUUGUUUUCGAGCCAUGAGAGCGUUGUAAAUUGUAAUUUGUGUGACAUGUUAAAUUGGUAUUUUUGUUUUUGUCAUAAAA